AAAAGCAGCACCUCACGUUUGCAUUGCCCUACUUCGCAAUUUCCAAUUCUCGAUUUACCACCAAAAACUGCCACUCCAGGUUUCAAUUUCGUCUCCACAACGAAGAAAGCCCCAUUCUCUUCUCUUCCACAAAACCGUUUCUCUCCCGCGAGGUAAAGAGCUUCUAUUCAGGCAUGGGCGAUAGUGAAUUAGUGGCUACCGGAGCAUCUGCUGCUGAGGCAUAUGCUUCGGCUGGUUAUGCUGAGGCUGGUUCGAAUCCUGUUCCUGAGGCAGGUGCUGCCGUUGAUCAAUCUGCUGGAGAAGCUGCACAAGGCGCUUCAGCUUAUGGAUUUGGUUAUUCUAAUGCUGGUGAUGCAAAUGCAUACGCCGGGGAUCCAAAUUCUGUUCUACAACAAGCGCAAUUCAAUGCAACUGGUGAUUCCAAGCAACCUGACGGAGUGACCGAUGCUAAUGAGGCCUCCACUGGGCUUGGAAGCACACCUGCUGAGUCUGCUGUGGUUUCCGACUUCAAUUCAUCUGUAAAUGGCGGUGUUGUUGGUGCAGUGGCAAAUGCUUCCGAACUUGAAAACGGGACUCCCUUGGAGACUGUUGAUGGGGCAGCUGAUGAGAAACAAUUGGCAGAUGGCUACGCUGCCUUAUCUGCUGAAGAAGAUCGAUUGUGGAAUAUUGUAAGAGCUAAUUCUUUAGAUUUCACCGCUUGGACUGCCUUGAUUGAAGAGACAGAGAAGGUAGCAGAGGACAAUAUUUUGAAGAUUCGAAGAGUAUAUGAUGCUUUUCUAGCAGAAUUUCCCUUGUGCUAUGGUUAUUGGAAGAAAUAUGCUGACCAUGAGGCUCGUCUUGGUGAUAAAGUUGUUGAAGUGUAUGAACGUGCUGUUCAAGGGGUUACAUAUUCAGUGGACAUGUGGUUGCAUUAUUGCAUAUUUGCUAUAAGCACUUAUGGGGAUCCAGACACUGUUCGUAGAAUGCGUGCAACAGUGAUAUCUCCCUUGUAUGGCGGAAAAGCUUUGAUGGAAUUACAUGACAGAAUGCUUUUUGAACGAGGAUUAGCUUAUGUUGGGACAGAUUAUCUAUCUUUUCCCCUCUGGGAUAAAUACAUUGAAUAUGAGUACAUGCAGCAAGACUGGGCUCGCCUUGCCAUGAUCUACACCAGAAUAUUGGAGAAUCCAAAUCAGCAAUUAGAUCGGUAUUUUAGCAGCUUCAAAGAAUUAGCUGGAAAUCGACCUUUGUCAGAAUUACGAACUGCUGAUGAAGCUGCUGCAGUGACAGGUGUUGCUUCAGAGGCUACUGGCCAAACUAUUGAGGGGGAGGUUCAUCCUGAUGGUGCAGAGCGUUCUCCUAAAUCUGUAAGUGCUGGCUUAACAGAAGCAGAAGAGUUGGAGAAGUAUAUCGCCAUUAGAGAAGAGAUGUAUAAGAAAGCUAAAGAGUUCGAUUCUAAGAUCAUUGGUUUUGAAACAGCUAUCAGGAGGCCCUACUUUCAUGUACGGCCCCUCAAUGUCGGAGAGCUUGAGAAUUGGCAUAACUAUCUGGACUUUAUAGAAAGGGAAGGUGACCUUAGCAAGAUUGUCAAGUUGUAUGAGAGAUGUGUCAUUGCAUGUGCCAAUUAUCCCGAGUAUUGGAUACGCUAUGUUUUAUGCACGGAAGCCAGUGGAAGCAUGGAUCUUGCAAAUAAUGUUCUUGCUCGAGCAACCCAAGUCUUUGUUAAGAGACAACCAGAGAUACAUCUUUUUUGUGCUCGGUUCAAGGAGCAGAACGGAGAUAUAGCUGGUGCUAGAGCUGCAUAUCAACUUGUGCAUUCUGAAACCUCCCCUGGUCUUCUUGAAGCAAUUAUCAGGCAUGCAAAUAUGGAGCACCGACUGGGAAAAUUGGAGGAUGCCUUCUCAUUGUAUGAACAGGCCAUUGCUAUUGAAAAGGGGAAAGAACAUUCACAGACAUUGCCAAUGUUAUUUGCUCAGUAUUCUCGAUUUGUUUAUUUGGCUUCUGGGAAUGCAGAAAGGGCAAGACAGAUUCUAGUUGACGGGCUUGAAAAUGUUUUGUUGUCAAAGCCACUACUUGAGGCUUUAUUGCAUUUUGAGGCUAUGCAACCCUUGCCAAAGCGAGUUGAUAUUGACUUUCUGGAGUCAUGUGUUGUCAAAUUUAUAAUGCCUAACUCAGAGAGCCCUGGUGUAGCAAGUGCAACUGAUCGUGAGGAACUUUCUAGUAUUUUUCUGGAGUUUUUAAAUCUCUUUGGAGAUGUUCAAUCUAUCAAGAGGGCUGAGGAUAGACAUGCCAAAUUAUUUUUGCCACACAGAAGCAUGUCAGAGUUGAAAAAACGUCAUGCUGAGGAUUUCUUAGCUUCAGACAAAACAAAAGUGCCUAGAACUUAUUCUGUUCAAUCACCUGCCCAAUCUGUGAUGGGUACAUAUCCAAAUGCGCAGAACCAAUGGACUAAUUAUGGAGUACAACCUCAAACUUGGCCUCCAGUUACACAAGCACAAGGACAACAAUGGACUGCUGGCUACACCCCGCAGGCUUCCUACGGUGCUUACGCUGGAUAUGCGGGUAACUAUGCAAAUUCUCAACUACCUACAUCAGUUCCACAAAGUACUGCAUACGGAGCCUAUCCUCCUGCAUAUCCUGCACAGCCGGCAGUACCUCAACAAAAUUAUGCACAACCUGUUGCAGCCCCUGCACAGCAACCUGCUGCGGUUCCUCAAGCUUAUUACGGCAGUUAUUACUGAGCUGACAAAAUGAGAUAGCCUCUUUUUUUUUUGUGUCCUGUAUUUUUCCCCGAUAUUAUAGGUAAUUUAAUAUGUAGGGAAUCUGGAGCAUAGGUGUAGUGUAAACUUGGUUAUACUAUUUGAGAUAGAAAAUCAUUUUGACUAAUUCGCAAUUGUAUUUUAGUUAUUUUGCUGUACAUUUUUUUUCUCUGGUUAGUGCGGAACGGUAACACUUUGGUUUCUCAA